AUGCACAAGAUUUCCCAUGCAAGGGAUACACUCACUUCCACUCAGUUUCUCAAAGAUGGCGACACCAUCAUUUCUUCUGGUGGGAGAUUUGAGAUGGGGUUUCUCAGCAUCCCUGCUGGUUCCAUAAACCGAUAUGUCGGUAUAUGGUACAACCAAAUUUCUGUUCCAACAGUAGUAUGGAUUGCCAACAGAGAAACUGCCCUAACUAACACAACAUCCUCUGUCUUGAAGAUCAUUAAGCCUGGGCGGUUAGUUCUUAUUGAUGCCAAGAAUAACACUAUAUGGUCCACCAAUGCGUCAAGAUCAGCUCAGAAUCCGAUGGCACAACUGUUGGAUUCAGGGAAUCUUGUGGUGAGAGAUUCAGAGGAUGAAAACCCGGAGAAUUUCCUGUGGCAGAGUUUUGAUUACCCAACUGAUAAUCUUCUUCCAGGAAUGAAGCUUGGGUGGAAUUUUGUGACAGGCCACGAGGUAUAUGUGAGGGCAUGGAAGAAUGAAAAUGAUCCAUCUUCAGGGCAAUUCACAUUUCAUUUUGAUCCAGCCGGGUACCCACACUGUGUAACAAAGAAUGGUCCAGAAAAGAUUUACACAACAGGACCCUGGAAUGGUCUACGAUGGAGUGGAACACCUGGAAUAAAUCCAGAUAGUCCUCAUUACAAGUACCAAAUGUACAUGAACCUGAGGGAGGCUUAUGCCAGAUAUGAUGUCAUUAACAACUCGGUUUUACCAAGGUUAGCUUUGACUAGUUUUGGGGAUUUCAUAUCCUUGUCAUGGAUGGUUGAUACUCAAAGUUGGGUCAGUUUUGUCAAAGCUCCAAUGGAUAUUUGUGACAACUAUGCAAAAUGUGGUGCAAAUGGAAUCUGUAACAUAGCUGGCUCCCCAAUCUGUGGAUGUUUGGAUAAUUUUGUCAGUAAUUCCAGAGGGGGAUGGGAUUACACAUCCGAUGGUUGCCAUAGGAGGAUACCUCUGAAAUGCAAGAAUGGAACAGAUGGAUUCAAGAAGUAUUCUGGCAUAAAAUUGCCAGACACUACAAAUUCUUGGUUUAACACAACUAUGAGCCUUAAAGAGUGUGAGCACAAGUGUUUGAGCAAUUGUUCAUGCACUGCUUAUUCAAGUUUAGAUAUAAGCAAUGGAGGAAGUGGUUGUUUGCUUUGGUUUAAGGACUUGAUUGAUAUUCGGUUAUUGUCUCAGAAUGGACAAGAUAUUUACAUAAGACUCGAUUCUUCUGAGAUACCUGAGGAAUUUGGUCAUGCUAGCUCAAAGGGGAAGAAAGUACAAAUCAUCUUAGGUUCUUUAUUGCCGCUAACUAUAAUAAUCUUGCUAGUUCUGUGCUUUGGUUUGUACCUCUACAAAAAGAGUAAGGAGAAAAUGAUGAAGCUGAAAGAAUGGUUAGAAAUACCCUUAUUUGACAUGCAUACAAUAUCAAGAGCUACAAAUAACUUUUCAGAAAACAACAAACUUGGACAGGGUGGAUUUGGAGCUGUUUACAAGGGUGUUCUAGAAGACAAACAAGAAAUUGCUGUGAAGAGACUCUCAAAGACUUCCACGCAAGGAGUACAAGAGUUCAAGAAUGAAGUAAUUUGUAUUGCCAAACUUCAACACCGCAAUCUAGUAAAGCUUCUUGGGUGUUGUAUACAAGGAGAAGAAAAGCUUUUGGUCUAUGAAUACAUGCCAAAUAAAAGCUUGGAUACCUUUAUAUUUGAUGCAACAAAGAGCAUAUUGCUUGAUUGGUCAAAACGCCAUUCCAUUAUUAAUGGAGUUGCACGAGGAUUAAUGUAUCUCCAUCAAGAUUCUCGGCUAAGGAUAAUUCAUAGAGAUCUUAAAGCAAGUAAUGUUUUGUUGGAUAACAAUAUGAAUCCUAAGAUUUCAGACUUUGGGUUGGCAAGAAGUGUUGGAGGGGAUGCAACAGGAGCAAAUACAAACCGUAUUAUUGGGACACACGGAUACAUAUCACCUGAAUAUGCUACUGAUGGAACAUUUUCAAUAAAAUCAGAUACAUUUAGUUUUGGCGUUUUGUUGUUGGAAAUUGUGGGUGGGAAAAGAAAUAGAGGAUUCUCCCACCCAGACCACAAUCUUAACCUUAUUGGUCAUGCAUGGAAACUGUAUAAAGAAAAUAGGGCAUUGGAACUAAUUGAUGUUCAUCUUGCUCCAUCGUGUGAUCUGUCUCAAGUUCAAAGGUGUAUCCAUGUUGGAUUGUUAUGUGUGCAACAACGUCCAGAAGAUAGACCGAUUAUGUCUUAUGUGGUAACAAUAUUAUCCAAUGACGUUACCUUACCUGAAGCAAAAGAGCCUGGAUUUUUCACAGAACAAAGAGUAAACAUGAGUGAUUGCUCUCCAAGCACAGAAGGAACAGGUUCAAGAAACGAAUGCACCAUGACUAUCUUGGAUCCUAGGUAGAGCAUAUACAAUAAAUUCCUUGUAAAAUAGUUUCCCUUUUGGUAAACAACUUUAAUUUUACUGUACUUUUUUUUUCCUUCUAAUAACAAUAUGUGGUUGAAGUGAU